CCAUGGGGUGGCGGUCCUCGGCGCUGCGGCCGCUGCCGGGGCUGCUGCUGCUGCUGCCGCUGUCACUGCCACGAGCCCUCUGCCCCGAGCCCUGCAGCUGCCCGCCCGACGGCGCCCUGCGCUGCCCUGGCCCACGGGCCGGCCUCACCCGACUAUCACUCACCUAUCUCCCUGUCAAAGUAAUCCCAUCUCAAGCUUUCAGAGGACUUAAUGAGGUCAUAAAAAUUGAAAUCUCUCAGAGUGAUUCCCUGGAAAAGAUAGAAGCUAAUGCCUUUGACAACCUCCUCAAUUUGUCUGAAAUACUGAUCCAGAACACCAAAAACCUGUUAUACAUCGAGGCUGGAGCAUUUACAAGUCUCCCCCGGUUAAAAUACCUGAGCAUCUGUAAUACGGGCAUCCGAAAGCUUCCAGAUGUUACGAAGAUCUUCUCCUCAGAAUUUAAUUUCAUUCUGGAAAUUUGCGAUAACUUACACAUCACCACCAUACCAGGAAAUGCUUUUCGAGGGAUGAAUAACGAAUCCAUAACACUCAAACUAUAUGGAAAUGGAUUCGAAGAAAUACAAAGUCAUGCGUUCAAUGGGACGACGCUGAUUUCCCUGGAGCUAAAGCAAAACGCACACCUGGAGAAGAUGCACAAUGGAGCCUUCCAGGGGGCCACGGGGCCAAGCAUCUUGGAUAUUUCUUCCACCAAACUGCAGGCUUUGCCUAGCUAUGGGCUGGAAUCCAUUCAGACGCUAAUAGCCACAUCAUCCUAUUCUCUAAAAAAAUUGCCAUCAAGAGAAAAAUUCACCAAUCUUCUGGAUGCCACCUUAACUUAUCCCAGCCACUGCUGUGCUUUCAGAAACUUGCCAACAAGAGAGCAGAAUUUUUCAUUUUCCAUUUUUGAAAACUUUUCUAAACAAUGUGAAAGCACAGCAAGAAAACCAAAUGAUGAAAUGCUCUAUUCUGCCAUCUUUGCUGAGAGUGAACUGAGUGGCUGGGAUUAUGACUAUGGUUUCUGCUCACCCAAGACACUCCGAUGUGCUCCCGAACCAGACGCUUUUAAUCCUUGUGAAGAUAUUAUGGGCUAUGACUUCCUUAGGGUCCUGAUUUGGCUGAUUAAUAUUCUAGCCAUCAUGGGAAACAUGACUGUCCUUUUUGUUCUCCUGACCAGUCGUUAUAAACUGACAGUGCCCCGUUUUCUCAUGUGCAAUCUUUCCUUUGCAGACUUUUGCAUGGGGCUCUAUCUGCUGCUCAUUGCCUCAGUUGACUCCCAAACCAAAGGCCAGUAUUAUAACUAUGCCAUAGAUUGGCAGACAGGAAGCGGAUGUAGCACCGCUGGCUUUUUCACUGUAUUUGCAAGUGAACUUUCUGUCUACACCCUCACGGUCAUCACACUAGAAAGAUGGCACACCAUCACCUAUGCUAUUCAGCUGGACCAAAAGCUACGAUUAAGACAUGCCAUUCCAAUUAUGCUUGGAGGAUGGCUUUUCUCUACUCUAAUUGCCAUGCUGCCCCUUGUGGGUGUCAGCAAUUACAUGAAGGUCAGCAUCUGCCUCCCCAUGGAUGUGGAAACCACUUUCUCACAAGUCUACAUAUUAACCAUUCUGAUACUCAAUGUGUUGGCCUUCAUCAUCAUUUGUGCUUGCUACAUUAAAAUUUAUUUUGCAGUUCAAAAUCCAGAGCUGAUGGCUACUAACAAAGAUACAAAGAUUGCUAAGAAAAUGGCAGUCCUCAUCUUCACUGAUUUCACCUGCAUGGCACCUAUCUCUUUUUUUGCCAUCUCAGCGGCCUUCAAAGUACCCCUUAUCACAGUAACCAACUCUAAAGUUUUACUGGUUCUUUUUUACCCUGUCAAUUCUUGUGCCAAUCCAUUUCUGUACGCAAUUUUCACAAAGGCAUUCCGAAGGGAUUUCUUUCUGUUGCUGAGCAAAUUUGGCUGUUGUAAACGUCAGGCUGAACUUUAUAGAAGGAAGAAUUUUUCAGCUUAUACCUCCAACUGCAAAAAUGACUUCACUAGAUCAAAUAAGCCUUCUCAGUCCAUUUUGAAGUUGACCACACUGCGCUGUCAAUAUACAGUUGACCCAGACAAGACUUGCUGUAAAGAGUGUUAACUGUUACAUCAGUAACUACAUUACUGAAUUAUACUUAAAUAUGCAAAAAAUUAUCUGUGCCAGUAAUUUUAAGAAAGAGUUGGUUUAAGAAAAUUAUUUUUUCUUAGGCAUAUUAGGCAAAGAGAAACCUAUACCUAGCUCUAAGUGUGGUCCAUGACCAUCACCAAUCUAAAAACUAUAUGUUAUUGGCACAUAAUGAAAUACAAUACAAAAGUUGAGAGUAUUUGCAUAUUUUUACAGCGAUUUUGACAGAGUAAUUAUGUCUAUUGAAUCUAAUAUUUUUUAAAUGGAAAAAAAACAAGGUGGUAUUUUACGUCCUUUUCUCAUUUCAUCUUUGUAGGAAUUUUCAUUGCAUUUUAUAAAAAUAUGAAUCUAUAACAGAUUUAAAACUUAAAAUAACUCAUCCUUUUCCUCAGAUAGUUUGAGAGACACACUCUAGAGAUGUACUGUCCAAUCUAGUAGCCACUAGCCACAUGUAGUAAAUUAAAAUUAAAAAUUUUAAUUAAAAAUGUAGUUCCUCAGUUGCACUAUCCACAUUUCAAGUACUCAAUAGUCACACAUGACCAGUGGUUACCAUUUUGGAAAGCACAGAUACAGUACAUGUUCAUCAUCACAGAAAGUUCUAUUGGAUAGUGCUGUUAUGGAGACUUACCUAUCACCUGUCCAGGUUUUAUUAUUUAAAAUUAAUGUAAUGUAAGCAUCUAAAGACACAUUUCGGCCUAUUU